AUGGAUAAAUUGUUAAAAUCUUGGAAUGAAUGCGAACAAGAGGUGUCGGCUAAUGUGACAGGUAAAAUUCCCGACUGGAUUAAUGGCCAUAUGAUAAGAUUAGGUCCAGGCAAAUGGGACCUGGAUGAUGACUUUAGACUCAACCAUUGGUUGGAUGGAUGUGCUCUUCUGUGCAAAUUCUCUAUAGAAAAUGGAAAAGUAUUAUUCAAAUCAAAAUUUCUGGAAUCGGACGCCUAUAACAAAAUGUUGAUGAUCUUGACAUCUGUGAAGAAGCCGGUGUUCACUGAGUUUGGGACCCGAGCCUAUCCGGACCCGUGUAAGAAUGUCUUCGCCCGGUUCUUCUCGCAAAUAGUUCCCAGCGAUUUGACAGACAACGGGUGUAUUGGUAUAUACCGUCUGCGGGACGAGUAUUACGCCGCCUCCGAGACCUGUAAUGUGUGGCGUUUUGACUGCAAUACAUUGAGUGCCAUUGAAAAGGUGAAUUUAGACAAACUCAUUGGUGUCAACCUGGCCAGUGCUCACGUCCAACACAUGCACUCCGAGCCAUUCGCUUAUAAUUUGACUUCAAGUUUCCUGAAAGGCUUAAAAUACCACAUCAUUAAAAUACCUGUCCAACAGAAUUUGCAGCAAAUUGGAGAACACAAAGAGGAAAGUGUGUUCACAAAGGCCUCAAUUCUUGUGUCGAUUCCGUCGAGUUGGAGCACUUGUAUCACAUAUUACCACAGUUAUGGCAUCACUCAAAACUAUAUUGUAUUCCUGGAGCAGCCGUUACUCGUGAAUGCCUUCAAACUGGCCACUUGUACACCAAAGGGAAAGCCAUUGAAAGACUGUUUCGAGUGGUGUCCCAAUGAGAAGACAAAAUUCUAUGUGGUCGACAAGACGAGUGGAAAAGUAGUUUCAAAAUACAAUUCUGAAUCUAUUUUUCAUUUCCAUCACAUCAAUGCCUAUGAAGAUAAUAAUCAUAUCGUAUGCGAUAUCAUAACAUACGACGACUCGUCUAUACUCGAGAAAUGGACUUUAGAUAAAUUGAGAUCAAAUGAGUGGGACGUUAACAGUCCUCCCAUUCCUCGAAGAUAUGUCUUACCAUUGCCAACAGAUAAAAAAUUUGAGCAAGGCAAGAAUUUGGUUUUACUUGAAAACAGUGAAGCAAAGGCAGAAAUGAAUGAGAAAGGACACAUAUGGCUCACUCCCGAGCAGCUAGGAAUACCCGGAUUUGAAUUGCCCAGUAUUAAUUACAAACACUUUAAUGGAAAGAAAUAUAGAUAUUGUUACGGGAGUGGAGUCUUUGAGAGGGGACACUUUGCUAAUGCAAUCUGCAAAUUAGAUGUUAUUACUAAAGAGGCCCUAAUUUGGAGGGAAUCUGAAACACUAUAUCCGGGGGAAUGUGUUUUCAUCGGACGACCCGAUGCUGUGGAUGAAGACGACGGCGUUGUCUUAUGUAUUGUUUUAGAUUCUGAUGAAACGAAACCACAUUUCCUUCUAAUACUGGACGCAAAGUCAUUCAAAGAGAUCGCAAGGGCUGAGAUACACAGGGAUGUGGCCCACAUUCCCGCUACUAUUCAUGGCAUAUAUACCCCUAACUAA